AUGGCGCCAAGCAUCCGCAUCCCCAAGGCCGAGGACUUCGAGUCCUUGGAACCAGACCUGACCGUGUCUCUGCACUUCCCCUCGCCGCCAGAGUCCACCACCGCCAUCCUGAUCCUCUUCCACGGUCUUGGCGACACGGACGCGCCCUUCGCCGGUUUUGCGCAGAGCAUCAACCUUCCAGGCGUUCUCGGCAUCUCAGUGCGAGGCACCAGCCCGCUGCCGCCAGCCUUGCUUGGGUUGCCGCUUGACAGUGGCCCACCCAGGAACUUCCACUGGGGCGACGACUUGAACCUGGGAAGCUCGGGUGGACUGGAUGCCGACCCCGGGUUCACCAAGGCGGCAGAUCUUGUUCUCAACAGACUCAUCAGGGAGACCUUGGUGGACAAGUGCGGCUGGGAGCUGUCUGACGUCCUCUUCUUCGGCUACGGACAGGGAGGCUCACUGGCAUUGGGCCUGGCCUCUAAGAUACGUGAGGGGCCUCAGGUUGAGGAGGUGAAGGAGGACAAGGAUGGGAAGCCUGUUGAGACAGGCAAGGCGUUCAAGGGUGUCGUGUCUAUCGGAGGAGACCUGCCGCCGUCCAUGAUCCCAUCGCUCAGUGCGAGGCCCAAGUCAGAGACGCCAGUUCUGAUUUGCCGCGGCAAGUCAUGCGACACCGUGGAUGAGGAUGCCGUCGAUGUCCUCAAGAAGGAGUUCUCCAACGUGCAGGAUGUCAAGUGGAACAAAAAGGACAGCACCAUGCCCUCGAGCCAGGAAGAGGUGUUGCCGAUGAUGAAGUUCUUCGCGGACCAGCUGCGGACUGAUGCGCUUUGA